UUGUCAAGUAGCACACAAAAUGGGACGGAGGGAGCAGUGAUGUAGGAAGUCACUGCUGCAGCAUGUGUUUCCUAGACUACAAACAAUUGGUAUUUACUUCACCUCCCCAAACAGUUCUGUGAGCUUCCUCUGUUUGGUUUCCCAGAAAUGCUGGAAUCAUAGGCCCAUUGACUGGGAUACUAGACCUCGACAUUGAAGGCCUUGACAACACUAUGGCUGCAAAUGUUCGUGGCGUUGCUUCGACAAUUAAACACGCAGCUCGUGCAAUGGUGGCUAAAGAAAUACGCGGAUCAAUUAUAUGCACUACUAGUGUUGCAGCUUGUCUUGGAGGAACAGGGCCACAUGCCUAUACUGCAUCCAAACAUGCCCUAGUAGGGCUGGUUCGAUCAGCUUGCAGAGAGCUUGGGCAUCAUGGAAUUAGAGUCAAUUGUGUUUCUCCGUUUGGCGUUGCCACGCCUCUUUCAUGCAAGGCCUACAAUCUGGAACCGAGUGAGGUUGAAGCUAAUAGUUGUGUCUUGGCUAACUUGAAGGGGAUUGUGUUGAAGGCUAGGCAUAUUGCUGAGGCUGCUCUGUUUCUAGCUUCAGACGAAUUGCCUUCUCCUUGUAAUCUGCAUUUUUAUCUCUUCGUUUUUUCUUUGUUCUACACCAGAAGUUCAUUAAUCUUUGUCUUAUGGGAUCCAAUCUUCCAUGUUUCUCUAGUCUGAACAGAUCUGAUGCUUGAUUGACAUGCCACUCACCUUUUGGGAGGCAAGUUUGGCUCCUUCAAAUGUCGAA